CAAACAUUUGCAACCAUUUAUUAUUUUCGCUCAUGCGUUUGCGGGCUGCGACAGUACUUACUGCUUUUUUGGGAAAGGGAAGAUGAAACUGGUGAACUUGCUGCUGCAGAACGACACCAUUACAACGCUGGCUCUGAAGUUUUACAAGCCGGACUGCUUGGAAGAGGAAUUGUUGCAAUGUACAGAGACUAUUACUCUCGCAUUAUACAAAAACAAAGAACAGUCUUCUUCUCUCGGGACCUUCAAAUACAAUUUGUUUUCUACAAACUUAUCAAACGCAAAAAAGGAAAGGCCCCUAGAAUGUCUCCCACCAACAUCUCCUGCCUUGCUUCAGCACAGAUUGGAUCCCUGCUUGUGGGGAUGGACAAGACAGGGUUUCCUGUGGAUGCAAAUCGAAGCGAGUCACUGCCGAGAAGCCGGUCUAAAGAGCAACUCGGCUUGCAAAGUAUCCCGCGGAAAAUCGUGCAACAACUCAAAGAGACGGACUGCUACAGAACCCCAUGGUAGCGAAACUCCGACGACUACAGAUGCAUGUGAGGAGGACGGUGGACAAACUACCGUAGAACCCGAUAAUGAUUACUUAACGACCGAUGACGAGGAAAUUAUCGAAGAUGACGUCGACUACGACUUUAAUGACUUUGAUCUUCAAUGAUUUAUCCUACUUGUAAUAGAUUGGGGUGGAUAUAACAUUGAGCCGUAUAUACUUUCAAUUCCACUUACAUGCUAUUGUAGGUUUCAUUGGCUCAAGUGAGGGUUUUUGUACAACUAUAUGUAUGAAAUGUAAAGUAACAAAUGUAAUACAAACAUAUUUGAAUACAAAAAUAAUUUGUUAUACUCUAUCAAAACAGAAAAUAUACAAAAUUGAUGGAACUUUCAAUUAAUGGUUUGUACAUAAUUUCUUAUCUCGAUUGAAAUAUAGGGGAAUAAUGUUUAAUUUCAACUCUGACAUGCACACACAUACUUACAGGCCUUCCAUUAUCAAUAUGUAAUUGGAAACGUAAAAAAUCCCUGAAC